AUGGCACCAGAGUAUGCAAUGCAUGGACAAUUUUCAGUAAAAUCGGACGUCUUCAGUUUUGGUGUACUUCUUCUUGAGAUUGUAAGUGGCCAGAAAAACAGUGGAAUCAACAAUGGGGAGAAUAUGGAGGAUCUAAUAAGCUUCGCAUGGAGAAACUGGAAGGAGGGAACAGCAAUAAAUAUUGUAGAUCCAUCACUCAGCAACAAUUCACGGAAUGAAAUGAUGAGAUGCAUCCAUAUUGGUUUACUCUGUGUUCAAGAGAAUUUAUCUGACAGACCAACCAUGGCUAACAUUAUACUGAUGCUUAACAGCUAUUCUCUGAGUCUCCCAGUUCCUGCAGAACCAGCAUUUUAUAUGAACAGUAGAACUAGAAUCCUCCCAGAGAUGCAGUCAUGGGAGUAUAAUUCAAGAGAAACAGGAUCAAGUGAGAGGAUACUUAAAUCAGCUCAAGAAUCAGAAAAUGAAGCUUCAAUUACUGACCUACACCCUCGCUAG